AUGACAUACAUCAGGCUCGCCACUUUAGAGCCCGCUACCCAACCGCAGGACAAUCUUGUCAUCCGCCUUGAUACCGUUCCCUUCAAAGCCCCUUUCAGCGACUCCGAUUACAACGAUCCAAAUCUGACGGUCUGGCACGAUGUCCGCGCAAUUCGCGGGGACGACCCACCGCCACCCAAGUACGAGGCUUUGAGUUACGCCUGGGGCUCCGAGGAGGAUCCUGCCCGUGUGUAUGUCCGGGGCCGAAGUCACAAGCAUGACUCCCACAGCUACUACCUGUCCAUAACGCGCAAUCUACACGACGCCUUGCGCGCAUUGCGGAAGUAUCAUCUCGCUGCCGAGAAUCCUGAGGGCACCCUCGCAUCCAGUUUAUCACGUGUCCUAUGGAUUGACGCCAUCUGCAUCGACCAGGCCAAUGCCGCGGAGAAGGGCCCUCAGGUUGCGAUGAUGGGAAGUAUCUACCAGUCCGCCAGCCGGGUUGUAGCGUGGCUGGGUCCCGCAGACGAAACUUCUCCUCGCGCCAUGCAUUUCAUGUGCUCCGUCGGCUUGCAAGUCAAUGUGUCGUUCCGCGGGUCAGAGCUCUCGCCCGUCCCAGGCGCCGCCGAUCCGACCUUGGGGGACAUCCAGGCGCCGCUUUUUGAAACCCAUGACCACAAUAUGGUGCAGGAGGUUCUCCUCGGAAAUCCCUUGCGAACGGUCGUGCUUUGUGGACCUCAAGACGCUGUGCCAUGGUCCUUAUUUCGCAAGGCCAUCGCUGUGCUGCGGACAUAUGUAACGGUGCAGGAUAACACGGCGUAUCUGUCUCGCCUGCGCUACGACUUUGGCGCGCUCGCAUGCAAGGACCCGCGCGACCGGAUCUACGCCGUGCUGAAUUUGCUGGGUCCUCUCGAGCGGCGGCACCUGCGCAUCCGUCCAGACUAUGAAAUGCCCGCCGCGAAGGUGUAUCGGGAACUGGUGAGACGGAUGAUCGGCGUUCUAGGCGAUCUAACGAUACUGGAGGAGUGCGAGGCGAAUGCAGAGGGCGACAGGUCGUUGCCAAGCUGGGUACCAAAUUGGGCGUGCCAGUCUGCUUUUCGCGUGUCUAAAGAGGGAGCAUCAUUCGCCUCGGCACAGCUCGCAGGCUGGACCGCAAGCAAUGAUAUUUUGGACGACAGCAGUGACAUUCUGACUUUGGCCGGAGUCAGCGUUUCGACGAUCCAGCAUAUCGGAACAGAUUACCCUGAUAAUAUCGACGCCGGUUACGAGACUCGCGUCGCCCAGAUGCUCUUACAGAAAGGGCUGUGGGACCCAAACCGGCCGUGGGAUGUUCCUCUGUGUGAAUGGGUGCGCACCUUCUUGACCGGGGGGGUCGCCGAAGCCAUGUCUUCUCCACCGCAAUGGGCACCCACGAUGGCAGAUGGUAUAGAGACGCUCAGGGUCAUGCUCGCUGCAGCAACUAAUACACCAUAUAAAGGUACUUCCGAUAGAGCCAAAUGGUCAUCCAGCAUGAGUGUCAGAUUCCUCAAGAAUGCUGGAGAUCGAAUUGCCGGGCGGCGCAUGUGCAAGGACUCACGGGGAUCACUCGUCCUGGCCCCGCCGUUAGUACGCCCUGGUGAUUUAGUUUGUGUUCUCCUAGGGAGUGACAAUCAUGUGCUCCUGCGACCGACCUCGUCAAGUGGUGAGCAGUUCCGCUUGGUCGGGACGUGUUUCGCCCAUUGCGCCCUUUAUGGGACUGCGUUUCUGGGUCCUUUGCCCCCUGGAAUCCGAAUCAUUUGCAACCCUCGAACAUCCAACAUGACCUUUAUAUCUAUCGAGACUGGGCAGCGAUCCUUGGUUGACCCGCGGCUGUCAUACCUUUUCAGUGAAGAAAAGCUUGCCGAGUUUGAAAAGGCACUAUCUGAGAACGGCGACUCUCCGGUGACUCUGAAGGAACAGAUUGAUCCUGAGGUUUUAUCCAAGUGUGGGAGAGGAUUAGACGGCAGGAAAGGGGUUGACAUGCGGAAAUUCGAGAUCAUAUGA